AAUGUGUACUGGUUACCCUGGGUUAUGUUAUUUAAGCCUUCCUUUUCUUUAAAAAUAAGUAUGUGUGCUGGUUACCCUGAAGGAAUUUUCCAUGGCUGCGUUGGAUAAUAAUUCAACGGAGUUAGGUCCUCUUCCGCCGACAGGUUCGUGAGAAGAGGUAGGGAAAAGAACAGGAGUGCAACCAUUUCCCCGAAUCCUAAUUCAUAAGUGAUGCAGACAGUAGAGUAGUGGGCACUGGGCAGUGGUUAAGGGGUGAUAAAAUUAGAACCAAAAAGAUUUGGCAUCAUUAAAUUACGUGGCAUAAUUGAGAGCCAUCGGAUGUAUUUCAGGCAUCAUUGCUGUAAGCGUCCAUGUAGCUAAACACACUCUCUCUCUCUCUCUCUCAAACACACACACAAACAUUUUCGUUUUACUGUCAGACUAGCAGGGAAUACUGAUCAUCACGGAGUAUCAUAAACUCGAUUGAGUAGUUAUGGCUAACAGAGAUGUGGAGAACCAGGCAGCGGGGUGCAAUUUACUCUUUUUGUGUCGUUUCAAGAUCUGUUUCAGGACCUUGGAAAGUAUUGCUUACACUGGUAUUAUAUGCUGUAAGAACGCAAAAACAUGAACCGAGGAAAUUCCUUCACAUAUGGAGUAAGAUAUUUGUUAUGUCCUGUGUAUUUGCCGUCUCACUAGAUCCUCUGUUCUUGUACACUUUAAUCAUUGAUCAAGAUAACAAGUGUCUUCAAAUGGACAAAAAGCUCAGCACUACUGUUCUUGUGUUGCGAUCAUUCACGGAUAUCAUUUUUGUUGUGCCUUUUCUAUAUAAAGUUCACAAAAGCGUUAAAUUUCAAAUGCACAAAAAUUUGGGGGCUAAUGUGGCUGCAAAUACCACGAGAACUGUGGCCUCAAGUACCAAGCAAAUUGAAGGAAAUUUAUACAGGAAAUCAAAAGGAAGAGCGUUGACUAAAGUUGGCAAGAAAAUAGCCCAGAAGAUGUCGUGGUUUUCUUUCUCCAUCAUAAAUGAUUUUCUCUCUCUUCUUCCUGUCCCACAACUACUAAUAAUAGUUACAUUUUACAAUAUGAGAGGCGCUGAAUAUGUAGAACAUAGAAAGGUUCUGAAUGUCUUUAUUCUGGGUCAAUAUCUACCAAGGGUAUAUCGAGUUCACCAAUCGUCCAAGAAACUUCAAGAGACUGCUGGAAUUUGGAUUAAAGGCCUAUUCAAUUUUUUUCUCUACAUGCUUGCCAGUCAUAUACUUGGAGGUUUUUGGUAUUUCUUUUCUAUUCAACAAGAGACAUUAUGCUGGUAUAAUGCUUGUGCAAAACAUAGUCCAGAUCCUAUCGGAUGUAUGAAUACUUUUUACUGUGGGCGUCAAACUACUACUUCGAGAAAUAUAACACUUCUAAACGAGCAUUGCCCGUUAGAUACUCCAGAUGGUGUCUUACCACCAUUUAAUUUUGGAAUAUUUCUUGAUUCUCUUAAGAAUCGUAACUUAGACCAUAUAAAGUUCGAAAAGAAGUUCUUUUACUCCUUCUGGUGGGGCUUGCGAAAUCUAAGUAAUUUUGGGACAAAUCUGAUAACAAGUACGUACGUGUGGGAAAACUUGUUUGCGAUUCUCAUUUCUGUUGUUGGCUUGCUGCUGUUUUUAUAUCUCAUUGGAAACGUGCAGAUGGAAGCUACAAAAACAGAGGAGAGGAGACAAAAAGCAGAGGAAGACGAGGAGACGAAACAGAAGAUUUCGAUGAAGAUGCUAGAUGUACGCAGGUGGAUAUCUGAAAAUAAAUUCCCUGAUGAUGUCAAGGAAGAGAUCAUGGAUAGCAUGGCGAAAAUAUUGAAACAAGACAAAGAUGCUGAUGUGCACAAGCCAUUCCUUAUUCUUCCCUGGCAAACCAAAAGAUCUGUUAAACGCCAUCUUUUCAUGGGUACACUUAAAAAAGUAAACAGGCUUAAAGGCAUGAAUGAAAAAGUGUUGACGUUGAUGUGCGACUGUCUGAAGCCAGUGACGUACGGUGAGACCAGCUUCGUUUUUCGAAUGGGAGAUCCACUCGAUUGCAUGAUGUUCAUUAUCCAAGGAACAGUGUGGACCUACGGGUCGAGUGAUAAUCAAGUUGGGCAAGGAGUCUCAUCAAUGGCCAUCAAGCGCGUCGGGAAAGGUUACAUUUAUGGGGAGGAGCUUCUCGACUGGGCAUCAGACUGUUUCAACGAACUUCCAGUCUCCAGCAAACAUGUCAAAAGUCAGACAAAAGUGGAAGCAUUUGUGCUCCUGGCCAAGGACUUGGAAACCGUAGUCUCCAGAUGCAAAACAUAUUGGGACUUGCACAAUUGUAACAAUCCCGAAGAGGUGGCAGUCUCUACCGUUCGUCGUUUCUUUAGAAGGCCGCAACGACGUCCGCCCCUGUCCUCGGCUGAAAUAUGGAAUGACAUUAAUCGUAGAACGCUCUAAACCUUACAUACAGAGAGUGCUUGAUGUUAGAUAUAUGUUUUGUCAAAGAUGGUUUAAGUAAUUAAGUCAACUGCAAGUGUUUUAUUGAUGGUUUUUAAAACCUAGACUUCUUCUAUUUCAUACGAUGAAAUAGUCGAUAAACCCAAUCCCAUAUUCUGCGAGAAUCCAAAGGAUUUCAAAUUUUUUAUUUUCACUUUUUGAUUGGCCGAAUUUAUGAUCGACAUCGAUGUUAUGUAAUGACAUGCAAGUUAUUCUUUGUUAUGAUGCUGCAGAGUAUAUGAUACUCCAAUUUUUUUAACAGUUAAAUUUUAAUUUUUGUA